AUGGCCUAUGAAGGAAAGUCGAACAUUGAAAAACAGUUGCGAAUUAAAGGGGAGUACAGUAAUCCGGAGCAAGAGAUGCUCUUCGAUUGGAUCGUACGGCGUACCAAGCCAAAUGAUGUGUUUGCUGGAACAAUGCCAGUUAUGGCAAAUGUGAAGCUAUCCACUUUGCGUCCCAUUGUAAAUCAUCCUCACUAUGAAGAUGUUGGCAUUAGGGAUCGAACGAAGAAAGUGUACUCGGUGUUUAGCAAGAAACCAUUACGUGAGGUUCACCAAACUUUGAAAAAGAUGGGUGUGAACUACGUUGUCUUCCAACUUUUCAACUGUGCUCCAGAGCCAAAUAGGUAUUGUUUGCUCUUAUUUCGCAGCAGUAAGAAGCAGAAGGCGGAGGGAAGAGAGAGAAAGGGUGGGGGGAUAGGAUCUCGCAGCUUGCAUGUUUGUAAAUAAGU